AUGACGAGCAAGCAGCGGAGGCCCAGGGUUAAGGCUAGGCCGAGACGGGCGAAGACUUUCACCGGGUGCUGGACUUGCCGGUCGAGGAAAGUGAAGUGCGACCUGCGGCGGCCCGGGUGUCUCCGGUGCGAGAAGUCGAGCUUGGAGUGUGGUGGGUACGAUAUCAAGCUGCGGUGGUCCGAGCUUGUGCGGUUUGACUCGUACGGUGUUCAGAUGGCACCCGCAGCAAACGAAUUGAGCAGUUUGAAAAGCCAGAACGAGCCGCUCUUCCAGCGACGGAACAUCGAUUUUGUCAAGUACGACGAGGAGUACGUGUACCACGAGGAUAUGGACGACGAACUGUCAGCUUUGCAUUGCCCUCCUCCGGAAAAAAUUGCCGAUAACAAGACUUGGAUCAUAAAGAAGUUUGGUGUGUUUCGAGGCAGGGAACCUGAAGAUAAACAGAACCCUCCACGGAAAAGAAGACGGAAAACUGCACCUGCAAAGAAUACCAGUGCCAAAAAUUCCGUGUCCAAUACACCGUUGCAAUCAGUAACUCCAAUACCGCCGCCUCUUGCACCCCCGCUAGAACAGACACAACAGGAGACACUGUCGCCGCAACAGCAACUCGUGGACGACGCUUCGUCGAGCCAAAAAGGCGCUAACAGCAUCCCGGGAUACAAUUUUAUAUCAAGCGAGUUGAGGGAGGAUUUCUUACUGUCUGCGUUUGCAUUCCAAGGUGCACCCAUCGACAAUCUACAGAUCGAUGAGCUAAACUCGACUAUAAAUCAAGCCAAUGCGGGGAACUCGCCUGAACUUUCGUCCCAAACACUGGAGUCUACUGGGGAGCAGGCAAUUAACCACUUGAUAAGAUCGUUGUUUCACCACACGGGGGAGGUAGGGCCAGCUGCUUCGUCCACUGAACCAGCAGAUAUCAGUUCAGUACACGUCCCGAUAAUACGACACAUCUCAUCGCGUGACACGGACAGCUACCUGCCCCUGGGUAACAGCAUCACCAUUAAUUCACCAACACUUGACUCUCAUAUGCCCAGAACUGCGAUGGAAAUUCUACCCUCUCAAAUAUCUGACAAGUCGUUGCUCGAAAAAUUCAAAAGUGUUGACGAAAGGUUUGUGAUACCAACCACAGGAUUGUUUGUUCAUGGUAUUGCUAGGUUUCUGUUGAGUUACUAUUACAACACUGUUGCAGACUUGAUGACAGUUGUCCCCAUAAAGAAAAAUCCAUGGAAGACUCUGUAUUUCCCCCGGGCGUUAAGCGCCCUGGGUGAUCUGGCUGGGUUGGGUGACACUUCUAACUCACGCAACUCAUUACUUAACGCGUUGCUGGCGGUGUCGUGUUUUAACCUACAAAGUAAAUUCGAAAAGAACUCCAAAGAACAGAAGUACUUUUUGAACCUGGGGAUCGAAUUCCGAUCACAAGCAUCAAGCUUUCUUAGGUUAUGUUUGAAGAACUCAGUCGACGAGGAAAGGUAUAAAGAUGUUUUGACUGCAAUUUUAUCAAUGAACUCGAUCGAUGUUGUUUGGGGGACAAUGACGGACUGCCAGGAUCACCUGACAGUAUGCGAAGACUUUAUAGAGAAACGCAUGAAAAAUAGGCCGCAUUUGUCCGAAAAGGCAAGGACACUGCAUCGCAUAUUCUCGUUCCUAAAAUUAAUCCAGGAUAGCACUGCAUUAGACAAAGUUAGAAAAAAGGAAAUUGUUUUCUUGGAGGGAGCAUUCAGCACUCCAGGAGAGUCUGGUACAGCAAGUGUAUCAUCAAAUCCACCCUCAACCCUUGAUAGGUCCAGUGAGGACGGGCUGUUUAGAGAGUCUGUUAAUCAAAGGGAUGGGAAAAUACAAAUAAAAUUUGUGAAGGAAGCGGAAACGCCGUCAUUGGCAUCAGCUGCAUCCAUAUCUCCACCAAUGUUUCCCAACAUCGCAUCUGAGAGCUACUAUGUUAAAAAUGACGAAAAGUUGAGAGCUGCAGAUACAAUCGGUACAGAUGCUAUUUAUGGGUUACCGUACUCUUUGAUUUUAUUAUUUUCGGACUGUGUUCUUAUCGCUAGGCAUAACGAGUAUUAUAACAUGAAGUAUGUCUCCGUCCCUAGAGAAUUCACCAACUUGUCGCUGAAGUUUGAGAAACGAUUAAUGAAGUGGAAACCAGAGUGGAGUUUUUUCCAAGACAAAGAUAAUCUGGUUUUUAUCAGUGAUAAGAUUGAAGCAAUAUACCAUCACACCAUGAGUUUUUAUUUCGGUUUGAUCAUCUAUUACUUUACAAUGGUGAGAAGUCUGAAUAAUGCAUUUUUGCAAACGUACGUUGUAAAAGUACUUCGACAUUUGCAGAAACUAAGCACAUUGAUUAAAGAAAAAAAGGUCCAACUUGUCCCUUUAAUUUGGCAAGGAUUCAUUGCCGGUUGUUCCUGCACAGAUGUAUCGAUGCAGGCUGAAUUUAGAAUAUGGGCGGCGUCUUUGGCCGAAAGCGGCAUGGGGUCCUAUUGGGGAGCAAGACAAAUUAUGUACGAGGUUUGGAGACGCCGUGCAAAUGAAGAUCCUGGGGAUAAUUGGUACUCUGUUUACAAGGAUUGGGAGAUGAAUUUAAUGUUAUCUUAG